ACGGGUCAGGACUACUGCAGCUAGCAGAGGUGACCAAACAAAGCCUCUUUCGUUUUUUAACUGCCUUCUGAAGGAAAUCCAGCACAAACCUUUAACAGCAAUGUUUCUGCAAAAAUAUUUAGGCCGAAAUCCACCGAUAGCUGAUCGGCUUCCCUGGAUUUCACUGAUGACACAGGAAAGCUUUGCCUGAAGAUGGAAACACUGGAGUCGGAACUGACCUGCCCUAUCUGUCUGGAGCUGUUUGAGGACCCGCUGCUGCUGCCUUGUGCUCACAGUCUCUGUUUCAACUGUGCGCAUCGCAUCUUGGUCUCCCACUGUGCCACCAACGAAUCAGUGGAAUCUAUCACCGCCUUCCAGUGCCCUACUUGUCGUUAUGUCAUCACCCUCAGUCAACGUGGUCUAGACGGACUCAAGCGCAACGUCACGCUGCAGAAUAUUAUCGACAGGUUUCAGAAAGCUUCAGUGAGCGGGCCCAAUUCUCCCAGCGAAACUCGCCGAGAGCGAGCUUUUGAUAGCAACAGCAUGUCCUCCAGUGAAAAAGUUCUCUGCCAGUUCUGUGACCAAGAUCCUGCUCAGGAAGCAGUGAAGACCUGUGUAACUUGUGAGGUAUCCUACUGUGAGGAGUGCUUAAAAGCGACUCACCCAAACAAGAAGCCAUUCACUGGCCACCGUUUGAUUGAGCCUAUUCCUGACUCUCAUAUCAGAGGAUUAAUGUGUCUGGAGCAUGAGGAUGAGAAAGUUAACAUGUAUUGUGUGACUGAUGACCAGCUAAUCUGUGCCUUGUGUAAACUGGUUGGGAGGCAUCGCGAUCACCAGGUGGCGGCUCUAAGUGAACGCUAUGACAAACUGAAGCAAAAUUUGGAAAGUAAUCUCACAAACCUUAUCAAGAGAAAUACUGAACUGGAAACACUCUUGGCUAAAUUAAUUCAAACCUGCCAACAUGUGGAGGUAAACGCAUCUCGACAAGAAACAAAGCUGAUGGAGGAAUGUGACCUGCUUAUUGAAAUAAUCCAGCAAAGACGUCAGAUAAUUGGAACCAAAAUCAAGGAAGGGAAAGUGGUGAGACUGAGAAAACUGGCCCAGCAGAUAGCUAAUUGCAAACAAUGCAUUGAACGUUCCACAUCUCUAAUCUCACAAGCUGAGCAAUCACUAAAGGAGAAUGAUCAUGCACGCUUCUUGCAGUCUGCUAAAAGCAUAACAGAAAGAGUCGCCAUGGCAACCGCAUCGUCCCAGGUUCUAAUUCCUGAAAUAAAUCUCAAUGACACUUUUGACACUUUUGCACUGGAUUUUACCAGGGAAAAGAAACUUUUGGAAUGUCUUGAUUAUCUUACAGCGCCUAACCCUCCAACAAUCAGAGAAGAGCUGUGCACCGCUUCUUAUGACACCAUCACAGUUCACUGGACAUCCGAUGAUGAAUUCAGUGUAGUCUCCUAUGAGCUUCAGUAUACUAUCUUUACCGGACAAGCUAAUGUAGUUAGUCUGUGUAAUUCAGCCGACAGCUGGAUGAUUGUUCCAAAUAUCAAACAAAACCACUACACGGUGCAUGGGCUGCAGAGUGGCACCAAGUACAUCUUUGUUGUUAAGGCCAUUAAUCAGGCUGGCAGCCGAAACAGUGACCCUGGAAAGCUGAAGACAAACAGCCAACCAUUCAAGCUGGAUCCUAAGUCUGCUCACAGAAAGCUGAAAGUGUCUCAUGACAAUUUGACAGUGGAGCGUGAUGAAACCUCUUCUAAAAAGAGCCACACACCUGAACGUUUUACCAGCCAAGGAAGCUAUGGAGUAGCUGGCAAUGUGUUUAUUGACAGUGGGCGUCACUACUGGGAAGUGGUUAUCAGUGGAAGUACAUGGUAUGCUGUUGGCAUUUCUUAUAAGUCAGCCCCAAAACAUGAGUGGAUUGGGAAGAAUUCUGCCUCCUGGGUUCUUUGUCGUUGUAAUAAUACAUGGAUUGUGAGACACAACAGCAAAGAAAUUCCAAUUGAGCCUGCACCCCAUCUUCGCCGUGUUGGCAUUUUGUUGGACUACGACAACGGUUCCUUGGCCUUUUAUGACGCUUUGAACUCUCUCCAUCUUCACACUUUUGACAUUACAUUUGCACAGCCUGUGUGCCCGACAUUUACUGUUUGGAACAAGUGUCUGACGAUAAUAACAGGACUUCCUAUCCCAGACCACUUAGAUUCCAUUGAGCAAUUGCCGUGAUUUUUCCUGAACUGAGAUGGAUGAUGAAUGUCCAGUGGAGCACCUAUAUUCUUCCCACUGAAUUAUGACUGGUGGGGGGGUGGGAUUGUGAACAGAAAUACAUUUCACACCCACGUGUCCCUAAUGCUUCAAGCCAGGACUCAGGAUGGGAUGGCUUCUUCAGUCUUUCCAGAUUAUUUCUUUUAUUAAAGGCAAGAUAUGGCUUUAAUAAUUUCUCAAAAUGCUUUUGUAUUUAGUCUCUUUCAGGAAAAUUUAUAAAUUAUUUAUAAAAAAAAAAAUAAGAAGGAACCCUGGAUUGGAUAUUUGCAUUUGGGCACCUCAUUAGAACAACUUGGUUUUGCACAUUAAGGGCUCUUAUCACAAAGCUUUUAUUAGUGAUUUCUCAUAUUUUGAUUUUAUAAUAAGAAAAAACAAGUUGGAAUUAUUUGAGAGGCGUAUUCAAUACUAAUUUUUGGAGCUUUGUUUAUAGGGUGUUGUGUUGUGUGUUUUUUUUUUUUUACAUGCCACUUGUACUACAUAAAGCCACCCGUUCAGCUUGGAGCACAUUAACAUAUACAGUACUUUAGGAAAUAUCCAUGUCUCAUUCAGCUGGCAAUCAAUAUUACUGACAGCAGUUUUCUUAUCUACUGAUACUUCAUCUUCGUCACUUAUAAAGAUAUGUACAUUUUAAUUUUGUCUCAGAAAACCAGCAGUACUGGAACAGAACAUGUCUGAGCUAUAAGUAAAAGUGCCACAGAGGUCAACUGAUAGUCAAGAUGUAGUGGUAUCGAUGUGAAUACACAUCAUUUAUAAGGUACACAGAGCACCCACAUAUGCAGUACUAGAGUUGGGCAACGUACAACUGAUUUUAAACUUAAAUGUGAGCAUUUUGUUAUAUUCUCUUAUAGUGUAUCAAUAAAAAUAGUGCAGGUAUCUGUUUGGUAAACAGUGCCUGGAAAGAG